CCUUUGACAGUUAUUUUUAUUUUUCGGUGUGUUUUGUUUGUUAAUUCCGACUUCUCUGCCGAUUUUUCUCAUUUUUUUAUUUUGGAAAGUUUUAUUUCAAAUAGAAAUGGACUUAGAAUCAUUUCAACAACAAGCACUACAAGUUCGACAACCUGAUGAAGACUUCGAUCCAGAUUCUAUUCCGCAAAACGGAGAGGAAUUUCUAAUGAAAGUCAUUUACGAGAGAAAACAUUGCCCAGCUAUUCUUGUUAAGCCACCUAAGGGUAAACACUCAAAACCCAACACCGUUACAAUUCCAGAAAUCAAUGAAAUGGACACAUUAAGUGAUGUGUCACCGAGUUCAUUGCGUCCAACAGUCCAAUGGAAGGAUGCUCAAGCUGAAGAUUUCAUAGGAAUAAUGAAUAAAGUAGAAAACAUGAGGAAGCAACCAGAAUCCAAUCAAGCCAGUGACAUCACUCCAUUGCCACUCACUGACGACGAAAAUGAAUGGGAAGCCUUUUGCCGCAAGAACACUCCACUUCUCAGUACAAUCCUACGAAUCGACCAACGUCUAUUGGAGAAACUGCUGGAAUUCGAGUCAGAAUGGUUAAGUGACGAUGAUGGGCAGGACGGCGCAGAUGUAGAUCUUUGUGGCAAAGACCAAUGGCUGGGUGCUUGGAUCUAUUCGUCUCUGGCGUGUCUGCGAAUGCCUUUAGAACCAGAUGUACACAGCAUUUUGCGCGACAUUGCCAAGACUUGCAUUAGACUUAGAAACAAACUCGGACCGGAAGAUGUCGAGAAGGCUGUGCCAUACAACUUAUUCAUUUUGAUCAUUUGCAAGGUCUUCGCCCAGCUGGACUUGGCUGAAUUCAUAUAGAUAGUCAUAGACUCAUGUAUUCAAUAAUCUCAUCAAUAAAACUACACUUUAAUUAUUGUA